AAACUAUAAUUCAUGAAACAAAACAAAUAAAGGAGAAAACCAAUUUCAAUGCAGAACAAAGGCUUAAAAAAAAAAGCAAAUAAAUAGAGCAAGUUUGAAAGUUCAUCUUGUGGAUCGAAAUGAUAGAAAAUGUUAAAAUACGAUGAUAUUGAUGAUACUAGUGAACGCUGUAAACUUCUCAGUAACGAACAGUUAGCUGUUGAUGAUGACGAUAACGAUGAGGUCAAUUUUCAUCAACAAAGUGAAUAUGCAGACUUUAUCCUACCAUUCGCACCCGCAACAUUACCUUUGCCAAGUGAAACGCAGUAUAAUGAAGAGAUUCUGGAAAGGGAUAAGGACAAUGAUAUAUUUGUAUCACCCGAUAUUCCAGCGGAUGUAUGGAACUACACGUACUUUGUAUUCUGUUUACUGGGAAUUGCAACAAUGACACCAUGGAAUUUCUUUAUAACAGCGGAAGAUUAUUGGAUGUACAAAUUUCGAAACGUAAGCCUUAAUGUUAGCCAUGCAGAAUUGGCCGAUUUAAGUCCGUUGCAGAAAAGUUUCCCUUGUUACCUGACAAUAACGGCGUCUAUAUCUGGUACCAGCUUUCUUGUAUUGAACGCUAUUUUUGGUCAACGCGUACCCGUACGUCUUAAAAUUUUGGGUACCCUCUGCGUUAUACUUCUUUUAUUUGCUAUAACAACUGCAUUCGUCGAACUUAACACAGAUGCCUGGCAAGAGCUAUUUUUUGCAUUAACUCUUUUUAUAGUAAUUAUAUUAAAUGUUUGCUCAGCCAUAAUGUCUGGAGGGGUUUUUGGCGUAGCUGGUUUAUUCCCUUCGGAGUAUAUGACGGCAAUGGUAUCCGGCCAGGCUUUAGGUGGAAUUUUAACGGCUUUAACAUUCAUAAUUGUUUUGGCUCUUGGUGCCGGCGAUCCCACGAUAACGGCGUUUACCUUCUUCAUUGUAGGAAGUGUCUUAAUACUGUUGAAUAUUGUCUGUUACGCCAUCAUGGAAAGUAAACCGUUUUUUCAGUAUUACCUUAAUGUCGAGGAAAAUAUAAGAGCUCCGUAUAUGGUGAAUGGUGUCAUUGGCGACGACAACGCUGCGCAAUUAUGUGUAACAACCGUUUUUAGCAAAAUCUACAUUCAUGCCGUAACAAUUUGUAUACUUUUUACUACAACUCUAUCGGUUUAUCCGUCCAUAACUGUCUUAGUGCAGUCAGAAAGCUAUGGCGAAGGGAAAGCAUGGAAUGAUAUUUAUUUCAGGCCGGUUGCUAACUACUUGAUAUUCAAUUCUGGCGAUUAUUUUGGGCGAGUGAUAGCAGGCAUGUGUGAAAAGCCCAAAAAUAACGCUUACACGGUUCUGCUUAUGGUUAUCCUUCGUACAUUUUAUAUACCAUUAUUUUUAUGCUGCAAUAGCAGUUCCCACAACUUUUUGCCAGUGUGGAUACAUUCCGACACAAUUUUUAUUGUUCUGAUGACGACAUUUGCUUUAAGUAAUGGAUAUUUAGCCAACAUUUUACUUAUAAUGGCGCCCAGGUUUGUUACAAGACGUGAAAAGGAAACGGCUUCCAGCUUUAUGAUCGCCUCUUUAAGUUGCGGUCUUGUAUUUGGUUCUUUGCUAAGCAUGAUUUUGGUGCAAAUACUUUAAUUCCAUAAGAAAUUUUAUAGCCUGCAUAGUUAUUGUUGAAGGCAUAAAUAUUAAAUAGUGUUUUUUUUUAUUGAAAAAACAAAAGUGAUUUUAAAGAUUUUUAAUUGAUUUACAU